AUUCCUCUCUGUUUCGUACGUACACACACUCUCUUUCUUUGUAUAGAUACACUAUACUAUCUACGAGUAAAAGGCUUUUGUUUCUGUGCGUACAUUUGUAGGAUCUUCUAGUCGCGAGGGCGUUAUCUUCAAGAAACAGAUCAGCGCAGGAGAAUAGUUGAUGGCUACCGGAGAGGAGAAGCCAGUGAUGGUAGUGGGUGUGGACGAAAGUGAGCAGAGCACCUACGCACUGGAGUGGACUCUCGAUCGUUUCUUCGCUCCCUACGCUCCCAAUUUCCCUUUCAAGCUCAUCAUCGUCCACGCCAAACCUAACGCCGUCUCCGCCGUUGGUCUCGCUGGCCCCGGAACUGCGGAGGUUGUGCCUUAUGUUGAUGCUGAUUUGAAGCAUACCGCUGUUAAGGUUAUCGAGAAAGCCAAAGCACUCUGUCUGAGCAAGUCGGUUCAUGGCGCAAUGAUAGAAGUUUUUGAAGGCGAUGCAAGGAACAUCCUGUGCGAGGUUGUUGAUAAACACCAUGCUUCUCUUCUCGUUGUUGGAAGCCAUGGUUAUGGAGCUAUCAAGAGGGCGGUUCUCGGGAGCGUGAGUGAUUACUGUGCUCAUCACGCUCAUUGCUCGGUGAUGAUCGUGAAGAAGCCUAAGAUCAAGGUCUGAAUCAAUCAUCUCAGUAGUCAAUGUGGGUGAGAAGUGAAAUAAUGUGUUAGCUUCCAUGCGUGAAACGAUCCAAGACAAUCCAUUUGUCUGUGUAAUUGUGUUAUUACAUGUGCUCUUGCUUUAGUAUACCUCCUAAACAAUAACUUCCCGUUUAAUAAUAUUCUGGGUUAUCUUUCUCUUUUA